AUGUCGUACUUCGCAAACGCUAAAACCCCCAAGUCGAUUGUCCAUAUCUCCAGUAUCGUAGGUCAGGAUCCAGCCCCUGUGACUCCAAUAUAUUGCGCAACCCAAGCACGCGAUCAGCGGCUUCGUCAGAUCCCUAGCAAUCUCAGAUGGAGUUGGCAUCCGUGUAAGUGUUGUUGCCCCCGGGUACAUAAAAACAGGACAGAGCAUCCCGAGAAGAUGAAACUCCUUGAGGAAAACGAAAGACGUGUGGGUUACCCCGGAAGAGGUUGCGGAGGCGAUGCUUGCUCUCGCAGAACGGGAUGA